AUGACGACCGAGGAGAGGACGGAAUACAUCAUAAAAUGGAGGCACAAGCUCAGAUUACCCUCCUGCAUCAGUAACGAGAAUCCCUACUUCCACAUCAGCCCUAACAUCGUCGUAUUUCAACAAUUCACCCCUGGCGUGUUCUUCAGCGUGAUGGUCACGAUUCGAAACGUGACGUCGGUAUCGAGAUACGUGAGAAACAUCUACGAGAUGAAUCCUUUCUUCACCGUGGACUUUUGCGGUAGCAAUUUCUCGACGAUGCUCGCCCCUGGUCUCUCCGUUACUUACAGAGUGAAAUUCAUGCCCGAGAAAAAGGAGGAUUAUCAUUAUCAGUUAAAAUUCGCGACAGACGUAGGAGACGUGAUCGUACCGGUCGUAGGGAUCUUGGAUUUUCCCGAUCGUAUCGAGGUACCGGCUACAGCGACCAAGAUCCCCUCUUUGAAAACGAUAUUUGUGCGCAAUGUGGGGGACGUCGCAGCUGCUUUCACCCUUUAUACCGACAACCCUUGCUUCUGGAUCGAGCCGUCGAAGGGAAGAAUAGAAGAGGAGGAGUCGCUUCAAUUUAUCGUACACUUUCUAUCGAACAAGGCUGGAGAUUUCGAGGCGAAUAUGUUCCUCGAAUACGACACCGGUGAAAAGUUGCGUAUCGAUCUGCAGAGUUCGGCCGAAAAUUGUCACAUUCGAAUCGACAGAGGCACCGUCAGAUUGGAGGAGACGUUCUUGGGCUUGUCGAGGAGCAAGACAGUGUUGAUCCACAACAGAAGCAAUUACAUCGUCAAGUAUAAGUGGAUGCUUUUCGAGAGCGUCGAGGCGGACAACGAGAGGAAAGAACAUUACCAGAAAUUGUACCAAUUGAUUUACGAGAACGAGCUCCCCCGUUGCGUCAACCUCGAUUAUUACAACGUGUGCGAGCCUGAUAUCCAUAAACUGAUUUAUCAACGUAUCUACACGGAUCAGCUCGAGUCGCUGGUGAAAGAAACGUUCGAGUAUAAAAACAUGUAUUUCAUUCUCUCACCCAUAGAGGCAGAAAUUUGGCCGCAAUCGUCCGCCGAAGUGACAGUCUAUUUUCGCGCGAUAGAGCUCGGUGAAAUAACGAGCACCGCUUAUCUAGAGGUAACUGGUCGCGAGGAAAGGAUACCACUGACUCUUUAUGGAAUAGGAAAAGGGCCGAUUUUACAGUUGAACGUUCUCACGAUCGACUUGAACAACAUCUACAUGUGUUCCGUGCACAAUUACGAGAUAAUAGCGGGGAACAAAGGGCACAUUUACGGGACGCUGAUUUACAAGGAAAAGCGGACCGAUUUCGGUGGCACGAUCAACGUGACACCCCCCAGCCUCACGCUGAAACCGGACGAGCUGAAAUCCUUCAAUUUGUCGUUUUCCUCGAAUCAUAAGGGCGAUUUCGUGGAGAGGGUCGAUUUCGUGGUGAAAGAGACCCUCGAGGUGCUCAGCUUGCAUAUCAAGUACGAGAUCGAUGGAUAG